UGUCACCCGUGAGCGAAGAACCUUAAUAGAUACCCCUCAUGUCUAACUAGACUAUUCACAUUCUUGUGAAGAUUUUACGAAGCCGCCCUGGUGUCGCGACAAAUAAAGCUCGCUUUUGUGGUGGAACAAAGAUGGCAUCGUCCUCAACAAGUACAAGCUGGUCUUCAGCUUCUUGCUCCAAUUUCCUCGUCCCUUGGAAGUGGAAGGAAAAUUGGAAUUGGCAAAAAGAGACGGCGGGGUCGAGUCCUCGACGAGGGCGACAACGAAACGUCGAAAGCCCUACAGGAGAAAGCAUGCUCCGCGUUAAAGGACCACACGAAAUGGCUCCGCGUAACGCGCAGCACAAGACACACACGACGACUUAUGGUGAUGUUCUUGACGGAUUGUCAGGACAAUCACAAUCAGAAGCUUCAGGUGGUAGGUCUAAACCUAAACUGGCUUCGAGCGCUAUUCGCCGGGCAAAAGUACGAAGCGUCGGAAGAAGUGGGACUCGACAACCGCGGUCAGAAGAAGUGGGAGAAGUUGUAGAGCAACAUGACCUGAGUCAUUCCAAUGCGCAUGGAAGUGCAUUGCCAGUCCGGGCACGAACGCCCUCUUCGUCGAGUUCAUCCUCGUCUUCCUCGCGAGCACGAGGAGUUAUUUCGCCCUCAAAUUCGAACGCCUUUGACUACAGUUUCAGUUGUACUACUCAUCCACAUCAAAGUGUGGUAAAACCUCGCGCCCACGAAUUUUCACCGAGCAAUCUAUGGAACUUUUCGCACGCGCAGCGCAGCUUAGCGCUUUGGUUCACUCGGGCGGGAGGUUCUUGCUCGAAACGCAGCGAGCCAGGAGCUGGCACCGGAAAGGGAAACUGCAGCAGCCACCAAAGACAGCAACAAGGCAGCGGUACAUCGGCCGCUUCGAGCAGCCCUAGGCAAGAGAAGAAGCUGAAGAUAACGCCCAGUUCCCCGGCCUUCCUUCCGUUCAACGCAAAAACAAAAACAAAGGGUCCUCGGCGGUCCAGAGCGAAAACGAUGAACAAGCUCUACAAAGCAUCUCUGCAGCUGCUUGCCGUGUUUCAGUUCGGCACGCUCAGCGCAUCUCUCUUCGCACUAGCCGCCCUGGAAAAACUGUCCGAGAACCUGUACCGUGCGAUCGCGAAGGACUUUGAGACCUUGUUUUCGGACUACCCGCAGGGAUUUUUCAUCAAGUUCCAGGUGCCCUGGUCGCAGCAGUGCCAGAAGUGGAAGCCGAUCUUUGAACAGGCCGCCAAAGACGCUCUGCAAAACGUGCACCUGCGGGACGAGCUAAAGAUCACAGUGCCAUUCGUAGAGGUAGACAUGACGAACUCGGACAAUUUGAAUCUCGCAAGUCUCUACCAGCUGUCGGGCUUUCCAACGUUUUUGUACUUCAGAAAACCGGACGAAGAGGGGUGGACAUACAGCGAGGUAGGAUUUUUUUCACACACGAUCGGUGAUUCUGUCUGCUAGGUAGAGUCUACUGCUGAGUUAGCAUUUUCAUCCAGAAAUCUAGCUCGUUGAAGCUACGAGAAGUAGGUGGAGAAGAAGAAUUCACAUCAAACGCAGAACGACGCCGUCGAGGGUUAUCUGGAAUAUCUGGGUGAGCCAAGUGCCCCGUCAGUGAUAGAGUUUCUCGAGUCCGUCGCUGGUGCGCAAGCAGUCCAGUAUGGUAUACCCGAUGCCCACCACGAGCGGUUGUCCCUACUUCUCGUGUAUCAAGUGUAAAAAUGUCUGGGUCUGGAAGAAUGCGCGACUUGUCAUGCUGCUUUUCCAUGACCAAUGAGGUCUGGAAUGCCGGAGCUAGCAUGACAGAUUCUGCGAGAACUUUCUAAUGCCUAUUCUGCAUGAGAAACUACCUCCCGACUUGGUCAAAAUUGGGCGACUUUUGGUAAUCAUGCAACACAGAUUUUUCCAUGCUGCAGAUUUAGCAUGACAAGUUGCAUUCUUCCAGACCCAGACACUUUUACAUUUGAUAUCGUGAACGACGGGGACAGGCUGCCUAAUUUCACCAAGGUGGCCUCCAAGAAUCGCAAGCGCGCACGAUGGCAUCACUUGAAAGUAGACGAAUAUGCCAAGAGCUACGCAGGUACUAAGAUUGAUAUGAGGUUCAACCUGAAGAAAAAUUUUCGGGAUGUCUAAAAUGAAUCACGUAUCUGAAAAAACUGACAGCCCAAGCAGAUCACGGUGGAAACCCGUUGAACAAGGUAGGGUCCCGGGGGUUCGUUGAACUGCGACACCGGGAGGAGCCACCGGUGUUCCUCGACUUAGAGAAAGUGUCGCUGUCAGAUACAGAAAGACAAGUGGAGCUCAUGAUGGAAUCGCACCAGUUUCCGGCCUACGGAAAGAUCGACCGCGCGACGUUUGGACAGUACUCGGGCGCGCCAUUGGCCUGGGUCUUGCCUGAUGUUGGCGAUGAAAAGGAAUUCGAAGAUCGAGCGGAUGACUUUAGGGAGGUAAGUAUGAUAGAUUAGUCUUGAGGGAGGAUUGGUGCAACUGAGUUUUUACCAAAACGAGAAGCUGGCUUCUUCGAGUUUCUGCUACCAAAUCCUAACUUGGUUGAAGUCUUUUUUUUUCGUUUUUUUGCAGGUAAUGUUGCUCGCUGCGACGAAGCAAAUGGCCACGCUACGUCCCGGUGGGAUUUUCACCUCCGGGGACUCUCCGUUCCGAAUCGCUGCGACGAAUACGGUAGAAAUGAAUAUUUGUUUCUGUAGAAGUAGUUCGCUGUGCUUCUUGAUGUUCGUCUUCUUCGUCUACUAGUAAAAACAGAAGGAAUAGCACUAGACUAGCGCGGAGCAGUAACGUUUAUAGGAUUUUGGCCCUCUACUACCUUUUCUGUUGGUGUAUUCUACAGCUGAAGAAAUAUAUGCAGUGACUAGCAAGUCGGGUUUGGUUUCCGUUUUUGUCAAACCUCUGUCUAGGAUCGAGUACUGUUAUAUAUUCCGAACUCGAACACGAUAUCGACUACAAGGUGAAGGGCACUGCCCUCGCAAAAACUCACAGGUGUCUUUCCGCGGCUCUAUCCAGGCGAUGUUUGGUAUCUCAGAGUUUCCGCACGUCGUCGCGCAGAUGCAACCUGGAAGUAGCGAGUACUACCUCUAUCCGCACAGUGUUGAGGAAUUGAAGGCGAAAGGACCAGCUGCCGAGUCACCAGCAGACAAGCUCGUGGAGUGGUUCAAAAACGUCCGAGAUGGUAUGACAGACGAGACAGAUUCUUGUUGGACAUUGAGGAAUGAUCUCUUGAGCUUGACGUACCACUGUGUGUGAUCAUGCUUUGUAUCGUCUUUAUUUCAGGUAAAGUAGCCCGAAGCUUCAAAUCUGAGCCAAUUCCGGACUACGAGACCGAACCAGGGGAGCCAAAAAUCGUCGUGGCCAAAACGCUGGAGCAGUCUGCGUUUCAGGCGAACCGGGAUGUUUUUUUGAACGUUUUCGCGCCCUGGUGCGGGCACUGCAAGCGCUUCAGCCCCGAGUUUCGCAAGGUGGCCAGGAAAGUGUACUUGAGCAAGAUGGAUACCAUGCUCUUUGUCGCCCAGAUGGACGGUACCGCCAACGAAUCACCGAUCGACAUUUUGCAGUGGACGGGAUUUCCGACCCUGUACUUUAUCCCCGCCGGAUCGCGCAGUGUGCAGGAGUACCAGGGCAAGCGAGACGCCGACACGGUGUGGCAGUGGCUGACCGGCGUGUCAACGUUUGCGUCGCACAUGGACAAGGAACUUGGAGAAAUCAAAAUGGAUCUGUGAAAAUGAACCUUUUCCAAAAGAAGGAGACUCGUUUUCCAAAGGAAAACUACACAUACUCAUCAAAACCACCUCCGCAUGUGCGUGCGGACAUAUGUAAAUCUAAAAUUAUUGCCUCGCAGACUCCGAAGAGUCAGCAUGAUCAUGCGAAGUUUUUUCAAUCUUUUCCUGCGUCUACUUCUCAGGAUUGCUUCGAGAGAAUGCAUAAAACUGUACAAGAAUAACAGGAUUGUUUGGAGUCCUCACAGCACCAGGCUCUGGCUGUGCAAGUCUGAAAAUUACUUUUGGCGAAGUAGAUGCUAUCCUAGAUUCGAAGGUCGCCUGUGCGGACGCGAGUUGAUAUCAAGAGAUGUGCUGUCUUGCGGUUGGUUGUUCUAGUACCUGUACCACACUGCGGUUAGAGCAAAUGGAAAUGCUAAUGCAAGAUCGGACGCUAGAGGGCCAUGUGUCAGGCGCUUCCCUUCAGUUGACUCCGUCUCUGAGGUGGAGCCGCUGCGAGGUAUGUCCUCGUAAAAGAAACUUUUAUACCUAUACGCAUGUUUUGCGAAAUUAUGACCGCCUGCUUGUAUUUGUUUGCGAAACUACACCAGAAAGAGAUUCUGCUGUCUGCGAAACGCUGAGCACUCCUGCCGAUAUGGUUGAUUUUGCUGUCCGUUAGAACGAAAAGAAAAGGUAAGGAAAGAAAAAGCAGAACGAAUUAGCAUGAACAGCGAAAGCGGAUUCAGAUACUCGUGGAUGCUCAGCC